UAUACACCCCCACAGCACAUGUGGUUUUGGCUUUGUCGUCUUUUUUUGAAAUUUCUUUAAUCGCACAGUAUUUGUGACAUAAAGCCCCACGUUGAACUCUUUCUUCAUAACCAGCUUUGACACUUUCUCUCGUACCUGGAAGGAAUAUUUUUCACUUUCAUUUAACUUAACAACAUCAGAGAGAGAACAAAGAAAUUACCUGAGUGAGAAUCAUCAUCCUGCAAGAGCAAAACAUGGAGUCGGUGACUUCAAACUAUUAUUACAGUACAGAAGAUUACCCAGUUGAAGAAAAUGACACAGAUGAAGAGCUUUGCAUCCUCGACGCUAACCCCGUGGAUGUCAUCACCCAAACUUACAUCCAUUCCAUCAUCUGUGCCUUUGGCCUGACUGGCAACGCUCUUGUAAUCGUCACCUACAUAUUCUACAAAAGAACCAAGACGAUGACAGAUGUCUAUCUCUUUAAUGUGGCUGUGGCAGACCUGAUCUUUGUGGUAGCUCUGCCAUUUAUCAUAUACAACGAGCAGCACGGUUGGUUAAUGGGUGCUGUGGCUUGCAAAAUGCUGAGGUCCGCCUAUAGUAUCAAUCUCUACAGUGGCAUGGCCCUGCUUGCGUGCGUCAGUGCCGACCGUUAUGUAGCUAUAGUUCAAGCUAGAAGAUCCUUCGGUGCUCGAUCACGCACUCUGAUCUACAGCCGCCUCAUCUGCUCAGUUGUUUGGGUAGUUGCAGUGGCUUUAACUCUGCCCACUCUCAUCUACUCUGAUUGCUUUGAAGAGGAAACUCUGGGGGCUGAGACUGUCACUGUGAUGUGUGAGCUGUCAUUCAGGAAGAACGAAACUGCAAAGGUAAUGAAGGUGCUGGUUCCCAGCCUUCAAAUGGCCAUUGGUUUCCUGCUGCCUCUGUUGGUGAUGGUGUUCUGCUACUCCAGCAUCGUGCGCACUUUGCUGAGAGCACACAGCAGCCAGAGGCACAAGGCCAUCCGUGUGGUUUUCGCAGUUGUUGUGGUUUUCAUCAUGUGCCACCUCCCCUACAACGUGGCUCUGAUGAACCACACUCUGUCUCUUUUUAAGCAGAGGAGUUGUGAGGCUGAAAAGAUUAAACUUCAAGUUCUGGCCAUUUCCAGGAGCAUAGCCUACCUCCACUGCUGUCUUAAUCCCCUCCUCUACGCCUUCAUUGGUGUGAAGUUCAGGAGCCACUUCCAGCAAAUACUUUUGGACCUCUGGUGUUUUAGCAAAAAGUACAUCUACAGUGCUCACUCUUCACGCGGGACAUCUGAAAUUUGCAUUUCAGACCGCGUGUCUCCACAUGUCCCCAAAUCAUCAUCUUUCAGUGCAUGAAACUGCAGUGGUACAAAACCUUUCUAAAAGGGAUAAUUGGCAAUGCCAAUGAUCAAAUAAUCUCUCAUAUUUCCCGAGCUAUUACUUUGCUGUUGUUGUAGCUGUACAUAAGUAGAGGCGAAAGCAUUUGUGCAAAAUGUGCUUAAAUAAAACAUGAUGUGGAUUUAACAUCUACUGUAUUCUGAGCAAACAUUAGCAAGUUACCUUUAUUAUAAUACACUGUCUAUCUGAAUGUAAUUUGUAUGAAGCAUCACUGAACAACGUCUUUUUUAAGGGCAAAGUAAAAUUGAUGGUUUAAAAAAAAUACUUCAUAAAAAUGGGUACUCUAGCAAUUAAGUAUUGCUCUUACAUAAAAUACAUGGAAUGCCCCUGACAAAGUUUUACAAGACAGUCAAAAUCAAAGCAGCAGAGGCUGAGGUAUCCUGAAUUUUAGUCUGUUACAUCGGUCAAACUCCAUUAACUUCCGGAUUCUACAUUUCCCUGUAGAACUAAUAACACCCAGUAAAGCAUAUGAGUAAACCAGCAUGCACAUUACCACGGUCCUGGCUCCUGGAAACGGAACACCUAAAUGGAAAAUAGCCACCACACCUUAGCUUUUCAUUCUAUGACAAGUCAAAAUGUCCACCAUGGGACAUAUACAAUAUAAUGGAAUUUAAAUCGACUUUUACAUUUUUAAGUCAUUACCAGGGAAAGAACAUCUGCUUAUUGUCGAGGUCAAAGUGGCAUCAUGUAAAUAUUCUCUUGCCAUACUGACACUUCUUUAGCCACAUGGAAUUGCAAUCCCCUAAGCAACUUUGUGAUUAAGAACUGUUUUCUUUUAUUUUCUUCUUGUACUUAUGUCACAAUAAUAACCUUGUUUUUCUGUAUUCUGAUUGAGUCUGCUCUUUAAAAAAAAGAUAAGAAGCUAAAGAGUUCCACGUAUUUCCAAUCUUGCCAGACUGUCACUUUACUUUCACUUUUGUCUAAAAAUGUUAUACCAUACAUUUUUAUAUUUUGUAUAUCUGUUUGUAUUCUUCUGUCACUUUGAAUAAAACUUCUAAAAUC